AUGAUCCCCAACGAUCAACAGGGUAUGAGCCCAAAACGUACCACCGUGCUCGAGGGUGAGACUAAUGGUCCAAGUUAUGGGACAGCUACUACGCAGCAGGAAGCUCAGCAGCAUGAUGCUGCUCUGAGCAGCGAGCCUGUUAUGAAUGGUGCAAGGAUUGGCAGCAUACAGGACCCGUCUGGCGAGGACCAGGCGACCGUGCCACGACCUUCAAGGACCCCUCCGAUGCCUACGGCAGCUGAGUUUCUAAGUGCUUCGGAUUCCAUGACUCGUGACGAUCAUGGGACUUCGUUACCUACGGGAGUACCAGAACUUUCAGCUGUGGAUGUGGGACCGAGUCAGGGAGGUGUGCGAAUGCAAGUGGGAGGCUUCGAGUUUUCUCCACCCGAGGCUUUACCUUCGGAGACCCAACAGCAAGCGCCUUCCAAUCAGGUCAUGUGGUUUGCGAGGAUCGGGGAGUUUGUUCAACGGCGAGUUGCCCAAGCCGGCUCUUCGGACUCCUUCGCCAAGGAGCAGAUCUUGGCGGAGGUUCAGAAGCAGGUCCGCGCGGAGAUGAAGGUGCACCUUGAUGAACGUCAGGCUCUGGCACACGAGAACCAGCAGUUGAAGGCUUUGAUGAGUCGCGUGGAAAUCUACCUGAACCCCAUGGAGGCGUUCCUGAUGAUCCUUUUGACGGGCGUGGAGGAAUUUCAGGUGGACUACGACGACCGCUUGCUGAGCCAGCAGGAAAUGAAAGUGGUGAUCCACGACGCGGUCGAGAUGAUGCUGGGCACUCUGGUGGAGCUGGAGGGCACGAGCAAGGACCUGCAGGAGGACAGCCAUCACAUCCACCGCAACAGAAGGCGGCAACAAGUGGCCACCCAGGUGGUGAAGCCGGGCUUGGCUGAUCUGCCAAGGCUGCCAGAAUUGGGGCCGAACUCGGCCAUUGACAUAGGAGACUGGCUACAUGGUCUCCAGAACCACAUGGGUGACCUGAGCAACAACAGCGGUCAAUGGUGGUCCGAGAUCAUGUCGUGCCUCACGAAGUACUACGAGGCCUACCUCGCGGCAUCCAACGUGGGCAAGCUCACCAUUAAGGCCGAGGACUUCGAGUCGGACCUCCUUCGUGAUGCAAAGUGGGCCAGGGUGGACAAGAGGGCCUCCUCUAUGAUUCUGGCGAGCGUUCCAGAAGCUGUGAAGGUCGAGCUGUUGUCUACAAGGUUGGUGGGCUCGCUUGCAAUGCUGUCAAGAGUGGUGGUGUUGUAUAGGCCGGAUGCUGUGACCGAGCUGAGGAAAUGGGCUCGAUGGAUGGCCCGUGCAACAGACAUUGGUAUCCAAUGUCCGGAUGCCAGUGUUUUGGUUCGUGGCUUGGACACCGUAGUGAAGAAGGUGUUACCAGAGCAUGCUGACAUCGCCUUCCGCGUCUCCAUGCUCCGCUACAACUUGGAGGUGGAUACGAGGCCAACAGUCAAGGGAGCGAGAGACUUGCAACAGGCUUUGAUGAGUGAGCUGGAGCAAGUGGCCUUUCGGGGACGUGCAGGCAAUACAUCGACUCCGAAUGUGAAGGCGGCUACGGUGACUACGUCCUCUACCACGACGGCCCAAAAGGCAGAUGGUGCUGAGGGUGGAAGCCCAACGGGGCAACUGAAAGCAAAGGCCAAGCCAUCGUGCAGGUUUUUCUUGACGGACAAAGGGUGCAGCAAAGGCUCGGCAUGUACGUUCUCCCAUGCUUUCACGAGGAAGGAGAAGAUGGGGCGAUGUUGGUCUUGUGGGAGCAAUCAACAUCAGCAAUCAGAAUGCCCUGCAAAGACUGGCGGUGGAGCCAGCCCCUCUGCGAAGGCUGCUUCAAAGGCGCCGCCGGCGAUCAAAGCUUUUACUGAGGUACCUUCAACGGCUGGAACUCCGGCUGCGGCGGCAGGAGCAUCCUCUACGUCUUCGGCAUCUACAGCGGCUCCGGAUACUUCGCAGCAGGCCUCUGAGAGCGAGCUCAAGGUGUUGUUGCAAGAGGCUAGUGCGAUGCUCAAGGAGAUCCGGCAGCUGAAGAUGCUUGCGUACUCCACCACGGAUGUGGAGAACAGGGCUGUGGGAUCAGGUUGCGACCCAAGAACGGGCCGCACAGGCUUGCUCGACUCUGGAGCUUCCCAUCCUUUCCGGGAGGCUACUGAAACGGAGCUUGAUGAUGCGGCAAGGGUGAGAGUACAGUUGGCUGACGGCAAGGAGGUGGUCUUGGCCCAGAACUCCAGUGGGACUCUUUUGACAAGGAAGUCUGGUGGUGACUCUUCGGGCCCUAUAGUGCCCCUUGGUGCGCUGGUUCAAGACUUGGGAUGCCAAAUUUCUUGGACGAGGCGGGGUGGUCUCACAAUCCGUCACCCGGAACAUGGACUAAUCCGUCCUACUGUGUUCGGCCGUUGUCCAGUGGUUGCGGAACAUCAAGCGCUGGAUUUCAUCUACGAGAUCGAGUGCGAGAAACUAAGGAGAAGCCAUGGGCGAGACACCUUGAGGACUUCGUUCGAGCUGGAGGCCGUGGAGCUCAACUUCGAGCUAUGGUUUCAGAGGGCUCACCAUUUUCAUCGGUCUGAGAUGGACCGUUCUUUGGCGGCGGAGCAUGUGAACUUGGAUGAUAAGUCCGGCUGGGCGUACCUACGGGCUCUACCAGGGUCAAGACAACGCAGAAAGAGGAUGAUGAGCUCACCUUGGGUACUUCAUCUUUAUGCAGGCCCUGGGAAAGGCGUUGAUCCAGCGUUUCGUGAGCUUGAUGAUGGCCGUGUGUUGGUACAGGUGGACAUCAACCGUUCCAAGGCAGAGGACAUGGGAAUGGUGGCGGGUGUGUAUCGUGCACUACUUUGGGCAGCGGCGACGGGCAGAGUGGACGGGAUCAUUGGCAGCCCGCCAGCGCGAGUGGAUCUGGUUCAGAAGAUGAUGUGGCUUAUGAUGGUGGCGAAGGCUGCAAGGAGCCAUCAUGGAGGACACCCCGUGUUCGCUAUGAUUGAGGGCAAAAAGUUGAUGGAUGUGGUCCGGAUUGGGGGCGUCCAUAAGUGGGAGUCGGUCACGGCCUCCUGGGACAUGUUCACGGAGGUUAUGUGCUUGGAAGAAGUUUGCGAAAACAUAGCUACAAACCUGACCUUUGGGCAAGAGAUCCCUCAAGCUACGAGUGAUGGAGCAGCUUGGACCAUGGAGUUUAAGGAGGCAGUGUCAGAGGCGAUCCGCCAUUGGGAUGAUGAAAUGGGUGAAAAGGUGGGCAAGUUCCUGGAAACGUUCACCGACAAGGAGUUGGCUAUGUGGCGCACUCAUGUGAGGAACAAUCACGUCCCUUACAAUAAGCGGUGCAGAACUUGCGUGACUACGAGUGGGACGGGGAGAGCGCAUCGUCGAGUACGCCAUCCCUCCUCGCACUGUCUUAGUUUGGACAUAGCCGGGCCAUUUCGUCACAAAGCAGCCGAUCCCAACCACAAGGACUAUCGCUACCUCCUAGUCGGGGCGUACACCAUGCCAAGACUACCAGCAGAAGAGCCAAAGCCCGAGGAACCACAUGGACUACCAGCAGAAGAGCCAAAGCCCGAGGAACCACAUGUACUACCAGCGGAAGAGCCAAAGCGCAAGGAACCACAUGUACUACCAGCAGAAGAGCCAAAGCCCGAGGAACCACAUGUACUACCAGCAGAAGAGCCAAAGCCCGAGGAACCACAUGUACUACCAGUAGAAGAGCCAAAGCCCGAGGAACCACAUGUACUUCCACCUGGUGAGGAAGCAUUGGGGCAUGAUCAUUUUACACCGUUGGAGCUUGGAGGUCAUGAAGUACCAGACGACUUUGGAUAUGGCGUUGGAAAUGUGUUCCCUGAGGAUGCUCUUGGUGAUCCAAUGGAAGAGGUGACUGAAAGGAGAGGAGCUCGAAAGCUACCUGAGGAGGAGUGCCGUGGUCUGUCUGAGGAGGAGUUCAAGCGUUUGUUCAAUGAGGUUGGCUAUGCUAUGGACUUCCAGACCGUCUAUGUAGUCCAGCCGCUGAGGACGAGGACGGCGGGUGAGGUUACAGCUGCUGUGCAGUCAGUCGUGCUGCGCUUGAAGGCGGAAGGGCUGUAUAUCUCACGCAUCCACGCAGAUCGUGCACGUGAACUUCGUGUGGAGUCCAUCAAGCGGUGGGCUCUAGAGAGGGGGAUUUUCUGCACGUACACAGAAGGACAAGCUCCGCAGGCCAACGGAAAGGCGGAGGCAGGUGUCAAGUGGGUGAAGUCGUCCGUGAAGCGGCUCCUUAUGUGCAGUGACCUACCGAAAGAAGCGUGGGCCGUAGCAGCGAACUACGCGGUUCAAAACAGGAUGGAGCAGCUGUUACGCCAGUCUACUUCUAUGUUGCCUUUUGGAACAAGAGUUCAUGUUCGCUCGAAGGUCUACGGGACGGGCGGGAAGUACGACCUGGAUUCGAGGUGGAAGGCGGGAACAUAUGUUGGUCCUAGCUUAGAAGUGCGAGGGGGCCACCUGAUUCGCUUUGAAGACGGCUCCUACAUGACGUCCACCCACUUGAGACCCCAUUUGGUCGAGACGGACAAGAUAGUGGACUUGGAUGAGUAUGAAGUAAUGCUCCCAAUGCCUACAAGAAGGUUGAAGGGGAAAGUUGGUGCCACGGAUUUGGACCAGAACAGUGAACACGAGGUCUUGCACUUGAAGUACGACCCAGAACACCCGGCAGAGCAGUAUGCAAUGAGGCUGCUUGAGGAGGAGAUCCUUACGGCAGACCAACUUGAGAACCUUGCGCGGAUGCUGCCAUCGACUGCUCCUACGCCGAAGCGUUUUGGACCCCAACGGGAUACGCAAAAGGUCUGGACGGCAGGUGCCUUCGUUCAUGGGGGCAUUGUAGGGGUCAAGAACGCUACUGGAGUGUUUCCGGCAAGCACAAGGGCGCUCAUCAAGUAUGUGAAGCAGUUGGAGCCCGAGCAUAAGUUCAAUGCGGUAGCCAUCACGACUGAUAUAGAAGCAAAACAGCAUGUGGAUGCGCACAAUGUCGGGAAGAACUUGGUUGCAAGCUUAUCCUACUUCAAGGGAGGUGCAUUGGAGGUUGAGUAUCCAGAGGGUGCCAGGCUGUUGCCUUUGGAUGGUGAUCAUACCCACCAGCUCUUUGACCCGAAGUUCAAACACUCCACGAAGCCCUGGUUUGGAGGUUCCCGGAUUGUGUUGGUUGCGUACUCAGUACGAGACAGUGGAAAGUUGAAAGAGGACCAGAUCAAGUACCUACAGGGCCAUGGUUUUGAGUGGGUUCCACACUUAUCAAAGCCGAUUGUGAGCGAGGAUGAUAAGCCUGUAGUGAAGAUGAUACGGGUUGGGCUGUUGGACGCUACGGGUGACGAUAAAGUGCCAGCGCAACCUCGAGAUCCUCCAGAGCAUGAAGGUGAUCCAGGUGUUGGUUGUGGUGAUGAUGUUUCAGGACAACAUCGAGAUCCUCCAGAGCAUGAAGGUGAUCCAGUCAAGGGCCUUAGAGGUGGUGAUCACAUGACGAAUCUGGUACAUGAUGUAGAGCUUGCUAUAGGCGAUUUAGAAGAUCGUGCCGGAAGACUCAGGGAUCUCUUAGAGGAAGAAGAAAUCCUCUGUGAAGAGUACCGCAGGCUGGGUCAGGCUACGCGAGAGAACUUGAAUGAUACCCGCAAUCAAGUGAGUGAGUUCCUUGAACAGAUGUAUGAGGAGCUACUGGGCCUUGAGAGACUGAGGACUAUGACGUGCCUGCGGUCUGUGAGGGUGUCACAAGGAGCGAAUGAAGGGGAUGAUGUAGAUUAUGAGGCGCUGUUGGAUAGCCUUGAGGAGGACCUAAAGGUUGUCCACACGGUACCUGUUGGCCAGGUGAAGCGUGCCCUGGAGAGGUGGACAGCAGCCAUUCGCAAGGAAGUAGAAGCUUUGUUUGCUUCUGGGACUUUGAGGCGGGUGACUAUUGAAGAGGCCAAAGAGAUGGAGUCCAAGGGCCUUGUUACGUUUGCUCCUGCGAAAUGCGUUUUUACUUUGAAGCCCCCUCAAGUCCCUGGUUCGAGAGCGAGGAGAAAAUGCAGAAUGGUGAUCUGCGGAAACCACGUCCAAGGAAAUGCUGACUUUGGUGAUUUAUAUGCAGCUGGGUCGUCGACAGAUGCAUUACGACUCACUCUGAUUAUUUCGGCUGUGAUGAAAUGGGUUGGAGCUAUCUCAGAUAUCACUGGAGCUUUUCUCCUGGCCAGCUGGCCAGCCCAUCUGCCGAAGUAUGGAGUAUACCCGCCGAGAAUCAUCAGAGAUGCCAAUGUUGCUGGCUUGGAGGCCUGGAUUGUGGAACGUCCACUAUACGGCUUAAGAGAAAGUCCCCGAAUUUGGUGCGACUAUCGGAACCAACGUUUGUUGAUGGCGCGAAUACCUGUGGGAGACUUGAUGUUGAUACUGAAGCCGACAGUCUCAGAGCCGGAGCUUUGGAUAAUCCUGGACGAGGUGACGGGCAUCAUGUACGGCCUUAUGGUGUUGUAUGUGGACGAUAUUGCCUAUUUCUCGACAGAGCCGAUCGUGCUGGCGGUCCAUGCUUAUGUGGUGAAGGAGUGGCCGGCAAGCGACCUUGAGUGGAUUACGGAAGCAAACUCAGUUCGCUACUUGGGGGUUGAGAUUGGACGAGAAGUUCGCACUAACUCUGGUGGGGAAGCUUUCCGUGUGUACACCAUUGGGCAGACGGCCUAUAUCCAGGACUUGCUCAGGAGCUACAACAUGAUGGAUGUCACACCCACAGCGCUCCCGGUACCGAAGGAGUGGAUCGAGGCGGCAGAGAACGACGAUGAAGCAGAAGCUGACUAUGACGAGCAAACCCUUCGGCAAGCUCAACGAGUUGUUGGAGAGAUGCUGUGGUUGGGAACCAGGACUCGCCCUGAUCUGAUGUUUGUCGUUUCUCAUGCUGCUAGCUUGGUUGCAAAACGACCUUCGUAUGUGGUGCGUCUGGGGAAUAGACUAUUGGCCUACCUUGCGGGCACGGCAGAACUCAAGAUGACGAUGGGACCUGUUGGUGCAAUGACAGAAGCAGAGCUCAUUGCCUACACGGACGCCUCUUAUGCACCGUUCGGUCGGAGGUCCUUUGGGGCUGCUGUUGUAACGUUUGCUGGUUCGCCGGUGGCCUGGAAAUCGGGCAGGCAGAGCUUCAUUACAUUGAGUGUCAUGGAAGCAGAGCUCUACGCUGCCACCCAGGGGUGUACUUUGUUGAACUCUGUGUAUGCCUUGCUUGCAGAAGUUUACCCAACCCAGGUGAAGCGCAUCCUGGCAGUGGACAACACCAGCGCUGCUGCUAUGCUGGCAGGCGGACAUGGGAGCCAGCGUACGCGACAUUUGAAGAUAAGGGCCAACUAUGUACGGGAAGCAGUUGAGGAGGGCAAUUUUGAGAUACGCCACACCCCAGGGAGUGAGCAACUUGCCGACUUGUCAACGAAGAUGCAGUCGAAGCUACGACUACAUCAGCUUUUGCAGCUUUGGGGCUUUGUGGGCUUUGCAUCAAAUGUUGUGCAAGCUAUGAAGCUGAAACUCCUUUCAGUGUUGAUGGUGUUGGCUCAGUGCGUGUGCCCAGCUCGUGGUCACCGAGAUGAAGCAAAAGAACCGCUUCCGGCUACGACAUGGGAGGAGUUAUUGGUCAUGAUGUUUGCCAUUUCGAUCGUUGCAGUUUGUUUUUGGGAACUUCUUCGAUGUGGAUACCGGAGGGCCCUGCGAUGGCAUAAGAAAUGCCGUAAGGCGCAAAGGCUUGCCCAAGCGGGGCAACUAGCUUCUGCUGCUGCAAGGAGAGAAAUUGAUGCUGUGAUGACCAAUGAUACCACAGCGACCCCAAGGUUGAGGAGGAGAACUACCAUGUCUUCACGACCUACUCCCAGGACGCCAUCACCAAUGAGGACGCCGAGUAUGCCAACCACUCCACAGGUGCCUACGGCUAGGUCACCUAUGUCUACAGCCGGAAAUACCACACCGGCUACAAGGCCGAGGUCCGUCACCCCGCCAACACAGAGGCGAAUUUCUACACCACCUACAGGGGCUCAGGCGGCAACUGAGAGGACAAGGGUGUGCAGAGAUACGCUUAAAUUGAUGACCUGCGAAGAUCUACGAAGUGCUCUACGGCUGGAGGGACAGCCGGUUUCCGGAAUCAAAGAAGAUCUUUGCGAAAGGUUAUCUCCCUCUCUCGAGUCUUCCGAUGUGACUGACAAGCAACUUCGCUAUGUUCUGUACUUGUGGCGUCACAAGGAUUUGAGCUACCGAUGCAAGCUGCGAUGGGAGGAUAUCAACAACAAGUACAGAGUUUCAGCAUGGAUCGCACGUUGGAAGAAUGCCUAG